ACAACUUCGACGCGCACACACGACAACAUCGGUACCCAAACAGGCUCGGCCAAGAGCCAAUUACGCUCAUUAGCACCCGGUUCAUCAGCUCAGAGAAACAGAACCGUCUCAAUAGCACGCACUGCGUUCGCCCCGCAACUUUCAAAGAUGGCCAGCACAACCCCCAACACGGCGGCACCCCAGGCCCCCACCGCGCUGCCUAUCGAGACACUGAAAAAUGACACGGCACGCUUGUAUACCCACAUUCACCCGCUUCUGGUGCUUUCCAUGUACGCGUACAAAUUUCAGGACAUCGUCGCAGAUCCCGUCCCCGCGCUUCUGAGCACCCUCGCACCCCUCGCCGUGCUGCAGAUCCUGUAUGUGGCGGUCUGUCUCCCACCCACGAGCGGAGCGGUGCAGACGGAGAAGAAGAAGGCAGGGGACAAGAAGCGCGCUGCAGGGGCCAAGACUGAGUCUGGGUUGGGAGGGAAGAUUGUUCCCGCAUUCCUUUCUCUCGCCUUGACGGCCAUCGCUUCCGCCCCGCUCCUCACCGCUCUCCUCGUCCUCUUCGGUGCCCCCGCUACAACGCACCACGCGCACACACUACUCGCUGGUGCGCACAUCGCGCUGCUCAGCACGCUGCCACUAGUCUACGUCCAUGGUGUGAACGGAGAGACAUGGCGAUGCAUCGUUGCGGGGUUACUGCCUGUGGAUGAGGUAUACGGGGGGCUAGUCGGCACGCUUCUUGGCGCUUGGUUGGGGGCUGUGCCAAUUCCCUUGGAUUGGGACCGCGAGUGGCAGAAGUGGCCUGUGACUAUUGUCACGGGAGCGUACGCUGGGUAUGUCGUUGGUAAGCUGAUUGGUGGGACUAUGUUGAAGGGGAAGCAGAUCAAGUUCGAUUAAGUACUUUUGAUCUUUGGUUGGGAAUUAUCAUGUUGUAGCAUCACUCUGGUUUGGUAGCUCAAUCUCUGGGCAAUAUGCGACGUGGAUGUGCACGGCCUCGACAACGUUGUUGAUAAAAAGAAGCAAGAUCAUCGCAAGCAAAGACUUCAAGUGAGAAAAUUCAACCUUAGGUGCCACAGAACACUGGCC